AUGGCUCCUGCUGGCCUGCGUGGCUUCUUCCCGGGGUGUCUUGCAGAUCUGAACACGGUGCGGAGUGUUCUGGACCCUCUGGCUGUGCUGGCAGAUGUUGGAGGAGCUCAAUUGUUGGCAACAGGCAAGUCUCCUGAGACUGAAAUCGAUUUCAAGUAUGCCAUCAUUGGAACUGCGGUGGGUGUCGCCAUAUCAGCUGGCUUCCUGGCCCUGAAGAUCUGCAUGAUCAGGAGGAACCUGUUUGAUAACGACUCUUCAGACCUGAGAAACACACCCCCGGGCCUCAGUGACACCGUCCUGCUGAAGAAGAGAGCCCCAAGGCUAGACCUCAAUUCCUCCAAAAGAGAUGCACAAGUGAUUGAACUGUGAAUGGCCACAUCAGGAGGGGUUCAGCCAUCUGGACAACUGCCCACGGUUGUAGUCUCAGGAUGCCUUGAAUUUGAAGGCCCAAGGCUGCUGCAUGGACUCAAUAUGGGAGGCAAAUUACAAAGGGAAUAGAAUUGUCAGUGCCUCUGUCCUGAAGGAAAAUACUGCUCCUCUUCUGCAAGAAACUGGCUGUGUAGAGGGAGACAUGAGCACGUUAGCCAGCAGCGGCAAGAGAGGGAAGCCACUAAGUCCGUGCUACUUGUCUGGUGCCCAGGGUCCAUGUCAGUGGAACCUUCCCAUAGCAAAUGGCUCACGGAAGUAGAAAGCAAACCCAAGACACAGCUUCCUUGGACUACCAUCUUAUCAACCAUUAAGCAGCGCCUUCUAGAACUGUUGACCUCACCUUCUUGGUUGUCAGGAGAAUCUCAUAUUAAAGACAGACCCUGUGAAAUUCAGGGUCCCUGAAGCAUGGAGACCAUGGGGCAGUCUCCAGUCCUUUUGUGAAAGAUUGGGGACUGGGCCUGCAGCUCUGCAGAUCUUCAAAUAACGGAGCCAACAAAGGAUUAACUGAGAAAGCAGAUGCUGUGCCUUGUAGAGAGCUAUACAAAUGUGAGCUAUUAUUGUUAUAUAACUAUUUCGGGGUUAUUAUUACAAUGUGCAUGACUUAUGCACAGAAGACACGACUGGCAGAGGCUUAGGAAACCCAUGUCAUUCUAUUAUUGUCAUUAAUCUGGGGUUCUGUGGCACAGGCCCCAUGAACAUUUCUCUGCCCUAUAAUAUUAACCCAACUGGUCUGGGGCUGCAUUGCAGAAUACUCUUUGCCUUUCCAUUCAUCAGUCAUCGGGGUGGUUGUGAGGAGUAGGUCUCCUGGGAUUGGGUUGCCUUUCUAAUGUGUGAUGAAAGAUGAGCUAUAUUUUAAAAUAAAGUGUUGUGUUAUAAUAAUUUGCCUGGAUUCCCAGGGCG